CUGUGCUAUAUGUGCUGCAGGUGGGUAGACAGAGGAGGAGAGGAUCUGUGUGGACAUUUUGGAGAGCCAGCUUAUGGACACCCGCAUGCAGAUGAGCAGUGUCUGUUACAGCCCUGACUUUGAGAAACUGAAGCCAGAGUUCUUGAAGGGCCUCCCAGAACAGUUGAUGCUUUACUCUGAGUUCCUAGGGAAGUGGCCAUGGUUUGCAGGGGACAAGAUCACCUUUGCAGAUUUCCGUGUCUAUGAUGUCCUUGACCAGCACCGAAUGUUUGAGCCCACAUGCCUGGACGCUUUUGCAAACCUGAAGGGCUUUGUGGCCCGCUUUGAGGGCCUGCCGAAGAUCUCUGCCUAUAUGAAGACCAGCCGCUUCCUCCCAAGUCCUGUGUACUUAAAACAGGCCAUGUGGGGCAACAAGUAGCCGAGAGUGCACCUGCAGUCCUGGACUUUGAACCGCACUUGGCUCCUGCUUUCCCCUCUGCAUCAGUCUUCUCCUUCCACUUCCUCCUCUCUCAGGGUCGCUGUCUCCCCUCCACCCACUAUUUACAGCAAACCUUCCAUAAGUCCAGCUCUUCACUUCUUUGGUUCUUUCCUUCUCUUAGUUGUUUCUGUCCUGUUUCCUAGCAGAUGGCGGUAUGCUUGAGCAGCUUAAUUGACCUUAUAACCCUCGCCCCCCCCCCCCAAUUGCCUGAGCGAUCAGGGUCAUCUGAGCCCCUAGUAAAGUCUGAACUGCA